AGAGAGAGCAGGGAGAGAGUAGGGACAUGUGAGUGAGUAAGAGAGAGAGUAGACGAGGGGGGAGCAGCCAGAGAGCGAGAGUGAGAGGAAAAGAGGGAGAUUUUUUUAGCAGCUGCAAACCAUUUCAGCUGUGUAGCGGCCUGAGAACAGAGGCUGGGAGCGAGAGAAAGAGAGUCUGGGAGAGAGGAGGAAAGGAAAAGAGGAACUGGGAAUGCGUGGCACUUUGUCUCAUUCUCACCACGGAGCCGGGAGAAGGAAGACGGCAGAGAAAGGGAAGGGAGUGUGUCCUGGGAUUGUCUGCCGGGAAGAGGGGGAAGACGCUGACUGAAAGCUUGGACUGGAGCUGUGAGGGCUGUCUGGGUCUUUGCCCUCUGGAUACAGUCCCACGACUCACUGCUCUACCCUGCACGCCUGCCUGCUUGCCUGGCUGGUCCAGGAUCCAAGCCCCCCCUUCUCUUAUCUACCCCCAGAUGCCCUCAUUCACUCCAGCCUCACCCCCUCCAAGCUGCUGCCUGCUUUCGAUCUACUGUACCUCUCCCCUGGAGCUGUGGAUGAUCCGAGGAAGAAAGCAAGAUAAAAGAAAAUAAUUGAAACACUGACAGGGAUUUCUCUACGCUAAAGCGGGCUGCUUACUCUCUUUGUUCUGGAUUCAACAUUUUCUUCAUAUGCCACCCUGUUAUGAGGAUUAUGGAGUGGAUUUUCUUUCACUGAUGAUAACUGUUAUGAUGGUGAUGAGAUGUUUUAGGGGAAAUUAGGGUUUUGCCCUGCAGGCACAAGUACCGGUUCUUUGUGAUGGAUAUAAAGGACAGAAAAAGAGAGGCUGCUUGAACACUCACAGCAACCACAAAGUGGCAGUGACUUGGUAAAGGGAUUUCUAUUCUCAUAUUAUACUGGGUUUUUCUCAAGCUCUGAAGUAGAGACAAUUUCUGUAUUUCUUGAUUUUUGAUUUACUGGAUUUCAUAUUCCAAUUUUUUUUAACAAAGGAAGACAAAAGUGAAAUCCAUGGAGUACUUUCCUGUUCAUUGCACCCCACGCAGCUUUUCUUUUAUAUAACUGAGAGUGGGUUUUCUCACCUUAAAAGGAGACUUUUACACUUCCCUGCCUGCCUCUCACGGAGACUGUUGAAGUUGUCCAAGCCCUCUCUGCCUUUUCCUGUUGUGCCACAGAGAGGAGAGGAGACUGGAGAGGAAGAAGACAGAAGCUUAGUGAGAGUGAAAAGGGGGUCAAGGAAUGAGUUGCUCUACAUGAAUAUGGAGGCGAGACCUGUGCUCAGUGUUUCUCACAGAAAAACGAAAGGGUGUUAUCUGCAUGGUCGUUACCUGACCUUGGACUUUGUACUACACAGAGAGGAAGAAGAUGACUGUCUCUUUCCCUUCAUCCUUCCACCUCUCCCUCAUUCCUAACGGCCUUUCAAAUAAACAGGGCUGGUGAUUAAUAUGGUUCCGAGGGGGAGGGCUGUCUCUCCCACUCCCUCGCUGAUGCCACACAGCAUCUUAGAAAGACCAAGGAAAUGCACAGCUGUUGAAGUGACAUAAGGGAGAAGGCAACACACCGGUGGAAUUCAACUGUGGAUGAUAACAUUUGGAAUAAUAACCAGAAUGUGAAACCUGAAGGAUUUGUUAAAUGCGGCCAAAUGCUGUGAUUUUGUGGAUUAUUGGACAAAGGACUUUUGAAGGAUUUACUUUUUCUAUCCCUUUAUUGUGAAGAUUGUUUAAUUUAAUUUUCACCUGUGGAGUGCCACCUGCACCUUUAACUAUAGGGUUGCUGUGGCAGCCUAGCAGGAGUGAAAAGGACAGAAUGGGGAAACCUCUGAGCCGUCCGGACUGCCUGAGGCAGAACCCUCGCUGCCUGGGAAAAAGUGAUGAGGAUGAGGCAUACAUAGAAGAUUGCUACGUCCCACAGCGGUCCAUUUAUGAUACAAUGCGUAUCAAUGAACAGAUUGACCAAGGGACCAAACUGUGUCAACCUUCCAGGAGUACUCUAGGCUCUGGUGGGGAGGGGAGGGGAGAGGGAAGUACACUAUCUAGUAAUGGCACUAUCGGAGCUGAUUUGGGUAAUGUUUUUGUUUCUAGGAAUGCAGAUCAUGCUAGUGGAGUGAAGAGACUUGAUGAGAGAGUCAUCUUUGAUGCCUUAAAGUUAACUGGUGAUCCUCAGAUAAUGUCACCACCAGUUGGCAUUGUAGGUUCAGGUUUGCCCAUUGCUCCGUCAUCUUGUGGUUCUGGCGGGGUGCCUGCAGUCGCCAAGAGGCGGCAUCAAGGUGGGGAUAAAAGGGACAAUCCCAACCGCCGCUCUUGGAAAGCCUUUAUGCCUGCAAGUUAUCCAGAGUUUGCUGAGAGAUUGGAGUUCUCGUCUGUUGAGGGAGCAGAAAAGCGUCUUUCUGUGGCAGGGAUUCCUCUCUCUCCUCUGCAGCCCAUUCCUACUCAUCUCCCUCCAUCAACCCCCACCUCCUUAACUCCUUCCUUACCUCCUUACACACCCUCCCCUUUAUCAUCUGCUCCACACACUCCUCCGUUCUCCUCCUCGCCUUCUUUUACACCCACAGCAAGCCCUGUGCCUCCUCUCAUGCAGCAUCCUCUCAGCAGGCAAAAGCAGGUUCAUCCUUUGCUGCAGAAGCAACACAAAAAGACUCACGCGGUACCGUCGCCUUCCAAAGACCAAUUACCUGCCGUUAGCCAAAAUCAGGCACCCCAGGUUUCUGGAAAUACACCACAGCAAAGCCCCAAUAUCACAAGACAGGUAGAGAGAAGAAGGGAGGAAUACAAAAGGACGAGUAGCUCUUCUAAAUCUGGAUUUAGGCAGAUCCCAGAGGAGCCUUUAGAGUCAGUUAAGACCUCCGAUUCAGAAAGGGACUCUCCUCUUUUGGACCAGGACCAGGGGGACAAUGCCCCUUUGAUCCCCCCAAAACCAAUAUUUUGCCCCCCUACUAAGGCUCGUACCUGGCCCCGCAGUUUAACAUCAGGGAAAAGAACUCAGGUCGGCCUGAGACACAACUUCCCUGUACUCCCCCCUUUGCCUCCACUAUUGGGGGAUGAUAUCAACACAGAUGACGAGUCACUUUAUCUAUUAGACCCUCCAUCACCAUUCCUGAUGGAGGAGGAGGGGUUAGUGUAUGGAGGUCUGCCUCUCUCCCCCUGUAUCAGUCAUGAGGGAGGUGAGGAGGAUCUUCUCGGCUGGGGUGCUGAGGGCAGUGAGCUCGAACGCACAGCCUCUGAGCUUAAAUUUGAGGAGGACGAGCGUAGGAUUCUUGAGGAGCUUGAAGACGAGGACCAUGAAGAGUGCAGCACAAUAUUUGAGGAGGAGGAGGCGUGGAAUAGAGAAAUGGAUAAAGCAGAGGAGGAAAGAGCUCAGAGAGAGGAAAGAGAGUGGGAGGCAGUUCUUAAAUUAGAGAACAGGGAGAUAAUUGACCAGACUUGGGUGAGGGAAACACUGGAGACAGAGGGAUGGGAUUUAACUGGCUCUUCUGGACAUUGGCCUGUAUUAACUCCCCCCACAGGGUUUGGAGGCCCCGGAGUCCCCCAGUGCCUCACCUUGCCCCAGUUCAGGGGCUGAGUCAGAUGACCUCUUCCUAGAGCUGGAGAGGCAAUGUCUAGUGGAUGAAGGUGAGGAGGGAGUUGAGAUGAGUGUAGACCCUGAGCCUCUUGAUCCCUACACUCUUCCUUGUUUAGAGGAAGAGGGAAUACAGGAAGAAGCUAACACUACCUAUGUUGAUUAUAAAGGAACUCUUCCUCUAGAUGAAGUUAACUCUUUAGAGCCUGAUAAUGCUGAGCUAGGCGCAGAGAGUAUUACAAAGUACUCCGAUUUGGCUCAAUCUGAGCCAAUAGAACAGAUGACAAACUUUGACUUAGUG